AUGGCCAGCCAAAGUUUUCCCACCAAGCUGAAGCAGGAAGUGACCUGCCCUAUCUGCCUGGAGAUUCUACGAAACCCUGUCACCAUUUACUGUGGGCACAGCUUCUGCCACAGUUGCAUCACUCAGCUUAAGGAAACUUCUAAGGAUUUCUUCAAAUGUCCCCUCUGCAAAAGUUCCAUGAAUAAGGAUUCAUUCUUGCCCAACUGGCUAUUGGGGAAUCUGUUGAGGAAUCUGGUGGAGAAAAUCCAAGCUGUGGAUUCCUCUGAGAUGAGGCCAGAAGAGGAGGAGCUGAGAUGUUCAAAACAUGGGGAGAAGCUGCACUACUUCUGUGAGGAGGAUGGGGAACUCCUCUGUGUGGUGUGUCGUGACUCCAAGGACCACAAAUCCCAUAACACCAGUGUGAUGGAAGAAGCUGCCCAGCAUCACCAGGAACAGAUCCAGGUGCAAGUGGCAGCUUUGCAGCAAAAAGAGCAGGAACUGGUGCAUAUAAAGGCUCAAGACGAAAAGAAGAUCAGCAACUUCAUGACCCAGGUGGAGUCUGAGAAGCAACGGAUCCACACAGAAUUCAAGCACCUGCAGCAGAUACUGGAGGAAAAGAAGAGCAUCUGUUUGUCUGGCAUUGAAUGUCUGGCUCAGGAGGGCACCAAGGAGUGUGAACGCUACAACACUGCCACCCAGGCACAGCUCAACUCUCUCAAGGACACCAUCAAUUCCCUGAGUACCAAGCAGCAGAUGCCACCCAGACAGCUGCUACAGGACAUCAAAGGCACCUUGAAAAGGAGUGAAGAGAUUCAGGUUCAGUUUCACAGAACAACCCCAAUUCCUCUGGAACUGGAAAAAAAUCUCAGUGAGGCCAAGUCCAGACAUGACUUCAUCAUCGAUAGCCUAAGGAAGUUUGGAGACCAGCUCCAGGAUGACAGGAAGAAAGACCAAGGCAAGUUCCUCCUAGACAUAAGUACAACCCACAGGCAGAGUGGCCCUGUGUUCUUCAAUGCGGCCUCUGCCCAUCCUGAACUCAGGAUUUCCAAGGAUCUGAAAACGGUGAAAUUACACUUGACCCAUAUUUUAAAGCGCUCAGACGAUCCAGUGGAGCCACAGCGCUUCUAUCCAUUCCGUUGCGUGCUGGGCUCACCAGGCUUCUUCACCGGCCACCACAGCUGGGAGGUGGAGCGCAGUGGACCCUGGGGCGGGAUCUGCACUGUGGGUGUGGCGUGGGAGCAGGCCCCUCGACAGGGCUACCUGACCCUGGAGCCUGCCAGCGGCUUCUGGGUGCUGCACUUCACUGAUUCCAAAUGCCAGGCGCUCACUGGGAGCAACACGUGGGAGGACCUCCCGGUCUGCCCCAGGAGAGUUGGUGUCUGUGUGGAUUUCGAGGGCAAAGAGGUCAGCUUCCAUGAUGCGGCCACCAAGAAGCAUAUCUACACCUUCCAGGCCUCCUUCCUGGGAAAGAUUUCCCCCUUUUUCAGGCUCUUCCCUGGCACCCAGAUCACCCUGAGCCCUUAG